AUGGCCCUGUGGGCCCCCAGGGCUCUUGCCACCCUCCUGGCCUCUGUGCUGUUUCUCCUGUAUUCAAUGCAAGCAGAACCGACUGGGCCUGGAGGCCCGGAGCAGGCCAAGGCAGAACGCCCCCAAAUUGCCACAGGAGACGUGCAGAUCUCAGCAACCAGGAUCAGGCUCACCUGGAGCUGCAGCCCCUCUGAAUCCUGCCAGGCCUGGAAAGUGAGGGCUUUCUGUCAACUGGCUGGUCCUGCCACGGGCUCCUGCAAGAGGCCAGCCAAAGAGGGAAAGCAGGGCUUCACGGCGAAGCCUCAGCUGCAGUGCAACAAUUUGAAGCCCUUCUCUGUGUAUCGCAUUGCAGUCUUUGGGUCCUCCUCCACCACCUGGUCCCAUACUUUUUAUGAAGUAAAUUUUACAACAAAGGAAGGAGUUCCAGACAAGCCAGAGAGAGCAUUGUUGGACCUUUCCUCCAGAGUCCUGAGGUGGAAGCCCCUUGCACCUUGCAAAGGAGAGAUUCUCGGGUACCAGGUGAACAUCACCGGCACCAGAACCUACAAUGCCACUUUCCUGGAAGAGGAGCGGAUGCGGCUCAACUCCUCGGUUACCGAGUACCGGAAGCGCUCCUGGAAGUGCGGCACCAGCUACACAGUGACCGUGCAGGGCCUCACGUCCGCCGGCCAGGGGAAGCCGCUGCGCUGGGAGCUGGAGACUGGGAUUGGAGAACCCUUCGUUCCCCCCAGCGUGAGGGCGCUGAGCGUUUAUAACAUCUCGGCCUCGGCGGGGACGGCUGUGCUCCCGCUGGAACCCCUCCCGGACCUGCACGGGCCCAUCAGGGAGUACCAGAUCUUCGUGGCCCCUCUGCAGAACACCAGUGAUUCCAGCGCCUGCCGUUCCCUGGAGCUCCAGCAUUUUAACUCCAGCCUGGGCAGCCAUGUGUAUGUGGCUGCUGUGCUCCCGACACGCAACCUGACGUGGCCAACUGACAUUGUCAUUGGGGAUGGGACAAGCCAGCAUGGCUUCUACAAUGCCCCUCUUCACCCUGGAAGAAACUACACGGCCCUGCUCCGCAUCGUCAGUCGCUGGAAGCAGGAGGAGACCUGCAGCUGUGUGCACUACGACUUCUCGGUUGGUAAGUUGCACUUGGCCCCCCAGGUUGGUGAGCAGACGGGAGCGGUGAUGCCACUGAUAGUGACGGCCCUGCUGCUGCUGGCUCUGGUGCUGGCUGGGCUGCUCCUGCUAGGGCUUGUGGUGGCCAGGAAGAAGACGAGCAAGAGGAAGGAGCCCGGAAGCCACGCCGGGGCUGUCCCCUUGCAGCGCUGCCGUGGAGGGGCAAGCAAGCUGCACACCCGGAUCCCGGUGGCCAAGCUCCUGGAGGUGCUGAAGAGGUUUAGACAAGUAGAGAUGGAGGCGGCUGCCACGGAAGGUGACGAGGCCACGCUCGAGAAGCUUGCCACCGGGCGAGAUGCUGAAUACCAGAAGCUUGUCUCGGGAUUGCUGCAUCCCUGCCUGGCUGGGAAGGAGCCCCGCAAUUGGCCCAAGAACCGCUACAAGGACAUCCUUCCAUACGAUGAGUCCCGGGUGGUGCUCCAGGCCCUCGACCCCACAGCCGAUUACAUCAAUGCCAGCUACGUAGAUAGCUACCGGAGUCCCAAGUUCUUCAUUGCUGCUCAGGGCCCUCUUUCUGGCACGGUGCUGGAUUUCUGGCGGAUGAUCUGGCAGGAGAAGACUCCGGUCAUUGUGAUGCUGACAGAUCUGGUGGAGCAGAACAAGCGCAAGUGUGAGCAAUACUGGCCGACGGAGGAGCAGACGCACGGUGACAUCACGGUGACGCUGCGCAGCACGCGGGCCACGCCUGGCCUCAUCACCCGCACCUUUGGCCUCAGGAAGGCCGGCUGUGCUCAUCCCAGGCAGGUAGAGCAGUUCCAGUGCCUGCUGUGGCCGGACCACGGACUCCCCCAGAACCCUGCCAGGCUCCUGACACUGGUGGAGGCUGUGAAUGAGCAGGUGGCCGAAGCCCCAGCCACGGGCCCAGUGCUGGUGCACUGCAGUGCAGGGGUCGGCCGCACGGGGACCUUCAUUGCCUUGGACUGCCUCUUAAAGAUGGCCCGAUCCGAGGGCCACGUGGACGUCUUCCGCUGCGUGCAGGGGCUGCGGGAGCAACGGACCUGCAUGGUGCAGACGAAGGACCAAUAUGCCUUCCUCUACGAAGUGCUGCUGGAGGGGCUGCUCUGUGGCCACACGGGGCUCCCGGUGGAGAGGGCAGCCAGCCACCACGCCGGCCGCUUGGAAGCCUUGCGGGGCCCGAGGCAGAGCGACGGAUACGCGCAGGAAUUCCAGGCCCUUGAACGUCUCUCUGAGUUCUUCCAGCUGACUUCAUACGCUGAAGCCCAGAAAGGGCACAACCACUCCAAGAACCGGAGCCCGGAGAUUCUGCCGGCGGACUGCAGCCGCCCCAUCCUGAUGUCAUCCUUGAGCUCAGACGGCACGCCAGGCUACAUCAACGCCACCUUUGUGGAUACAUAUGCCAAAGAAGAGCGCUUCAUUGCCACGCAACUGCCACUCUCGGAGACGCUCCUGGACUUCUGGGCUUUGGUCUGGGACUAUGGCUGCACGGCCCUGGUCCUGCUGAACAGCCUGCAGGAUUUGGACCAGACAUACCCCAGGUUCUGGUCCUCAUCCAGCAACUCCACGUAUGGCACAUUCAGCAUCAAACUGUCCUCAGAAGAGCCACGGACUGGCUUCACCCUGCGGACGCUCACGGUAGCCAACAGCCGACAGCCCCAGACCCCUCCCUUGGGGGUCCGGUUCUGGCAGUUGGAUGACUGGCCCACGGCGCAACGGCUUCCACAGUAUCCGGCCACCCUCCUGCAGCUGUGGGCAGAAGUGGAGGAGUCUUCGCAGAGCAACCCAGACCGCCCUGUCCUCGUCACUUGCCGGGAUGGGGUCAGCCGCUGCGGCCUCUUCUGCGCCACCAGCUUCCUGUGUGAGCAGAUCCGGGCAGAAGGGCUGCUGGACGUCUCCCAGGCGGUGCGGAUGCUGAAACGGCGCCAGCCACGGUUCAUCGGGGACGUGGGGCAGUACAGACUGUGCUACGAGCUGGCCCUUCGUCACGUGGCCGCCUUUCAACCGUAG